AUGACGGACCCAAAGGAACUGUUAUACACGAUGAAACCAGUGCAUCUAGAGAACUCCCAUGGGACCUUUACAGAGACAGCGAUUGAUAUUGAGGUUCUUAUCAAGCAACUCCGGCGGGAAAUCUUCAAAUCUGAAGUCUGUGUUGAAGAGCGUAAUCAACACAAUCUUCAGCAAGAUCAACAAGAAUUGCGUAGUCUACUCAAGGAUAUCAAAGGAGCCGGAGUUGGACCCAACAACGAAAUGAUUAGUCCUCCAAGCUCUGCAUUUUUUGCAACCGGUUCGAGCAUAGAUGACCCGAUAGAUGUUGACUUCAAGAAAUUGAUACUACUCUUCACAGAGAGCUCUGCUUAG